GUCAUCUCUCAGAUUUCGUUUCAAGCAGACCAACCAUAAGAGAUAAUUAUGGGAUUUAUCGCGUAUUUUUUUGUGGUUGUCAUAAUUAUUGUUGUGUGGUACCAAACAAAAUACCUUCGAAGGAGUUGUUUACUCCAAAAAAUUCCAGCUUUUAGAUCUUAUCCGGUUAUUGGCAGUAGUUUAUCGUUUAUUGGGAAAUCCGCAGUUGAUAUAUUUAAAGUUGUUGAAGAUGCUUCAAAGUUAGGGCCAAUUUUUCGUUUUGAUUUCUCACCUUUCAAAAGUUUAAUUAUCUGCAAUGAUCCGAAAGUUGUUGAAGGAAUUCUCUCAAGUCAGGAGCUCAUCGUGAAGUCGUAUCAAUAUGACUAUAUGAAAGACUGGUUAAGUGAUGGUCUUUUAUUAUCAACCGGGAGGAAAUGGCAUCAAAGACGAAAAAUUAUUACACCAACUUUCCACUUUAAUAUUCUUCAACAAUUCGCCGACAUUAUGGAUCGUCAUGGAAAGAUAUUCGUAUCUAAUUUAAAAAAGUUUGAAGGUCAAGAAAUUGACUUUUUCUCUCCGGUGUCGCUCUACGCACUCGACGUUAUUUGUGAAUCAGCGAUGGGAUGCAAAGUAAACGCGCAAGAAGACUCCGAAUCGGAAUAUGUAAAAGCUGUUAAAGAAAUUUCGAAUAUAAUUUUUUUACGGAUGUUUGAUUCUCUCAAACAAUUCCAAUUCAUAUACCAAUUCACUAAAAUGUACCAACGAGAACAAAAAGCACUAAAACUUCUUCAUGAUUUUACUGAUUCUGUGAUUGUUUCACGACGGAAAGAAUUAGAAAGUACAAGUCAUGCAGAUAAUAAUGAAAAUGACUUUGGCAUCAAGAAGCGAACAGCUUUCCUUGACCUCAUGUUGCAAUCAACCAUCGAUGGAAAUCCUUUAACCAAUUCCGAUAUUCGUGAAGAAGUUGACACUUUUAUGUUCGAGGGUCACGACACAACAAAAAGCGGAAUUUGUUUCACAUUCUACAAUCUGGCAAAGUAUCCUGAAAUUCAAGAAAAGGUUUUCGAUGAAUGCAGAACAAUUCUUGGAGAUGAUACACAACAAUCAGUGACAAUGCAAGAACUCAAUAAUUUACAUUAUCUUGAACUGGUUAUCAAAGAAACGCUCAGAUUGUAUCCGUCAGUUCCAUUCUUUGGACGAGACAUCAAGGAAGAAGUUUCCGUUGGAGGCAUAACUGUUCCAGAAAAGGUCGCAAUAACAAUUUCGCCGUAUUUGUUGGGAAGAAAUCCGAAAAUUUUUUCAGAUCCAUUGAAGUUCGACCCACUGAGAUUUGAAGCAGAAACCAACAAUGAAAAGAACAAUCCUUACGCUUAUGUUCCUUUCAGUGCUGGUCCAAGAAAUUGUAUCGGUCAAAAGUUUGCGAUGUUGGAAAUGAAAAGCAUCAUCUCAAAAGUGAUUAGAAAUUUCAAGCUUUCAAUAUCCAAAGACAAUGAAGACCUGAAAUUAAUUGCUGAGCUGAUCUUAAGACCUGAGAAUGGAAUUGUGUUGAGAGUGCAAAAUCGAUUUGAUUAAAUGCCACAAAGUGAGUCAAUUUAUUUUGUCAAUCUUUGAGUCAAUAUUUGUUUAUUAAUCUAAACAAUGGCUACAAUAUUUAAUUUAAUGUACAACUUUUAAUAGUUUUAUUGGUGUAAAUAUAAUAAAAGGUGAAAGAUGACAUUUAAUAAUUUUG